UUUUAAUCUUUUUAAUCCUUUUAUUGAAUCUCCUUGUUUUAUUUGCUCUACUCUUGUGAAAAAUGGGAAUUAGAAAAAUUGGGAUUUCUCAUGCUAAAAAACUUGGACGAAGGAUUUCUCCUAGAAAGGGAAGCAUUUCGACUGGUGUCAAUGAUGUUCCUAAAGGCCAUUUUGCAGUUUAUGUAGGCGAAGAACACAGGCGCUUCGUCGUUCCAAUAUCUUUCUUGAACAAUCCGUUAUUUCAAGAAUUGUUGCAUUGGGCAGAAGAAGAGUUUGGAUACGAUCAUCCCACGGGAGGCCUUACAAUUCCAUGCACUGAAGAUUAUUUCUUAUGUCUCACUGCUCUACUAAGUUCUUAGGUAAAUUACAGUUC